GACGCCGGCUUCGGGGAGGGCCCCUUGGGCCAGGGUCCUGGAGUCCCGCGCGGCGCUUGAGGCGUGGCUUUGAGGCCCCGCACCACGUACGUGACACGUCUGGACAGAGCGCUCGGCCCCGCCCCGUCCAACCGGCGCGUCACGUGACUGGUCGGCAGUGGCGGCGGUUGCUGUCAGCUGAUUCCCCGGGUGGUGGCGGAGGCAGCCGCGGCCAUGGACUUUCUCCUGGGGAACCCAUUUAGCUCUCCGGUGGGACAGCGCAUCGAGAAAGCUACCGACGGCUCCCUGCAGAGCGAGGACUGGGCCCUCAACAUGGAGAUCUGCGACAUCAUCAACGAGACGGAAGAGGGCCCCAAGGAUGCCUUCCGCGCCCUGAGGAAGAGAAUCUCGGGGAACAAGAACUUCCACGAGGUGGUGCUGGCUCUGACGGUCCUGGAAACCUGUGUCAAGAACUGCGGGCACCGCUUCCAUGUGCUGGUGGCCAGCCAGGACUUCAUAGAGGGCGUGCUGGUGCGGACCAUCCUGCCCAAGAACAACCCGCCUGCUGUGGUGCACGACAAGGUGCUCAGCCUCAUCCAGUCCUGGGCUGACGCGUUCCGCAGCUCACCUGACCUGACAGGCGUGGUGGCCGUCUAUGAGGACCUGCGGAGGAAGGGCCUGGAGUUCCCCAUGACAGACCUGGACAUGCUGUCUCCCAUCCACACACCCCAGAGGACUGUGUUCACAUCAGAGACGGUGCCAGGACAGAACUCUCUGGGCCCCGAAGCCAGACAGCGUGGAGACCUGAGCCAGUGCCCUGCUCCUGUGCCUGCCUCCACCACGGUGCCUGGUGACACACCCAUCACACCAACCCCUGAGCAGAUCGGGAAGCUGCGCAGUGAGCUGGAGCUGGUGAGCGGGAAUGUGCGAGUCAUGUCGGAGAUGCUGACGGAGCUGGCACCCACCCAGGCAGAGCCCGCCGACCUGGAGCUGUUGCAGGAGCUGAACCGGACUUGCCGUGCCAUGCAGCAGCGGGUCCUGGAGCUCAUCCCACACAUCUCCAACGAACAGCUAACAGAGGAGCUGCUCAUGGUCAACGACAACCUUAACAACGUGUUUCUGCGCCACGAGCGGUUUGAACGGUUCCGGACAGGCCAGACCGCCAAGACCCCCAGGGACACAGAGCCCGCCGACGACCUGAUCAGCGUGGGUGCUGAUGCCACAGCCACCAGCAGCCUGGAGUCCCAGCUGGCGGGGAUGAGCCUGGGCUCCAGCAGCGUGCGGGAUGGGCUGCAGUCCCUGGAGCCCUCAGGGCACCCGGAAGAUGAGUUUGACAUGUUUGCACUGACACGGGGCAGCUCACUGGCCGACCAGCGGAAAGAGGUCAAGUAUGAAGCUCCCCAGACAACGGACGGCCUUGCUGGGGCCCUGGACGCCCGGCAGCAGAGCACUGGAGCAAUCCCCGCCACCCAGGCCUGCCUCAUGGAGGACAUUGAGCAGUGGCUGUCCACGGACGUGGGGAAUGGCGCAGAGGAGCCCACGGGCGUCACCAGUGAAGAGUUCGACAAGUUUCUGGAAGAACGGGCCAGAGCCGCCGACCGGCUGCCCAGCCUCACCAGCCCCUCGGCCACCAGGCCCCCCGGCCCCGCUGCAGGCGUGGUGCCGCACAAGAAGGCACAGGGGAAGGAGGAGGACACGCUGUUUGCCCUGUGAGCCGGCCAGGCUGCUCUGGGAGACUCCUCACCCUGACCUCAGUGCUGCUCCCCUCGGCCCCUGCCGCUCCUGCCUCCCCACCCCAAGCCGAGGGUGCCGGCACUGCCCUUCCCUGGUGCCAGCAUAGGGCUGUGAGGGGCCGGCGCCCAGGUAGGAAGCUGCACGUGGAGCUCCCGCCGGAGGACAAGGCUUCGGGGACGCUCCUGCCACCGCCUCACCCCUCGUCCUAGGGACUCCUCCCUCUGGGCACCUGCUCCCCAAAUAAAGACGGAAAGCUAUCCGC